CUGCGGUGCUGCACUCACAGCUCUUUUAUGCUGUUAAGCGAACUCCAGCUACUUACCUCCUGCCAAAGAAACGAACCAAAAUGUUGGGAAACACCGCUGGACAUAAAGUCGGGCAGAAGCUGUGCAUCUAAAUGUCUCCCUGGCUUCUAUAAACUUACCGGUCAACUAUUGAUAACCCGCACACCACUUCCAGUUUGCAGUCUAACACUCUCGACAGGAUUUGAGAAGAUUUGUCUCGAUUCAGCCUGUGUGAGAGCUUAGACUUUGCUCUGAAUCCUGGGUGAAAUUUUGGUGCCAGUGAUGAGUGCCGUUGGUGAGGGUUCAUCAAGAACUUGUUGGAGCUGACGUUGCCAAGUUCUUUCAGCUGAAGAAGACUCUGAUCAGGGAGUCCUCAGCAUCUACCUGUGCUUCUAACGGCGCGUAGAACAUCUGGAGGCGCUUUGCAACACACCGCCAUGCCCACCAACCAGUCAUCGCUGUGGGGCGGAGGGAAUCUCAGGGCAUGUUCCAACACUCAUAAUGCCCCCACUGCUGCCUUGGUUUCAGGUGCAACCUUUAAAUCAUCUUUCAGGCACACUCCACCGGAGCUCCCCAAGGCUACCAGCAUCUACAAACAUCUGCCAUCUGCCGGUGCUUUAUCCAUGAUGUCAUCUGUGUGCUCUGUGUGGGAGAAAGACAGUGGAAACAGUUCAAACACCAGAAGUCACCACCUUGGAUCAGAGAAGUCAGUGAAGCAGUCAGAACACCAGAACCGGACUCAGAGACCAAAUCAGAACCUGGCAGCGUCAGAACCAAAUCGACCUAACGCCAGGACCAUGGCACAGGAGGUCCAGCUGAGAGGAGUCACUGAGGGCUGUUUACCAACCCAGAUCCUUCAGUCUGGAGACGGAUUGGUACGUAGUCAGGAUUCCACUGACCAUGUGCCACUAGAGUCUUCACCAGGUUGUCAUGGAGACCUGUUCAUCAAAGGACAUGCCACUGUGCCACGAAUCGCCAAGCUGAUGCCUAAGACUAUAGACUGUUCCUCUUCACCACCAGUGCCUCACCUGAGCUUGAAGCUGUCCAAACAUCAGGGAACAAAGUUAUGGAAGAAUACCUCUGGCCACAACGGCACAAAGCAAGAAACGAGAAGCACAAAGUGGCAGCUGAACGCUCCACGAAGGGGCCAUUCGACUAAGGCGCCAACAAAACACACUAAGACUCAAAAUGGCCGUGCAACACGGUCGCCUUCAAGGAAUCAGCGGCUAGAUAAAUUUGGUCCUGCAGGUGUUCUGGUUGCAGCUGCUAACCGCAAAUCCCACAGUGCACCAUUGCCCCGGCUAUCUACAUGCAGAGGACUGGAUUCAUCUCUCUGCAGCAAUGUGCCAGCUGUUCGGUGUGGCGAUCAGCGUCUGCAGCCCACAGGGCUCCAUGCUGUUGAAGGUGUAGCUCCAUGUCUUGCUGGAGCUUUGGUGGGCUCAGUGACCAAUCAGAUUUCAGCCAUUCACCUCACCAAGGAAGGACAGUCUUCCUCCACUUCAACUCAGUCCCUGUACUCAUCCUCAUCAGUGACAGAGGAGCAGCUGAUGAGCUUGGAAUGUGUGAUGCAGGUGGAUGGAAUGGAGGAGGAGCUUCUAGAUGAGCUGGAAAAUGCCUUCAGUGAUGAUGGGAAGACAGAGCCACACGCUGGGCAGCGUGUUGAAAUGGAAAACACUGAUGAUGAUUCAGAAUGUUAUUCCAUCAUUCGUUCUUCUUCUUCUGAUGCAUCAAUUCCUUGCAUCUCUAGUAUUGAAGAGCCGAUGGUGUUGGGGGCAGAGGAUGAUCGAGAGGAGCAACCGGCGCUCGUCCCCAGCUUGUUUCCCCUCAUGCGCCCCACACUCUACUUCAGCACAGCCAAUGAGAAAGUGGAGCUGCUGCCUGCCGAACAGAGACGCCUACUCAAAUGGAAGAUGAGCUCUGUUACCCCCAACAUCGUCAAGCACACCAUCGCUAGGUCACACUUCAAAGCCACCAAGAAGAGCAACAACUGGCUGGGCUGCUGGGGACACCACAUGAAAUCUCCUGGCUUUAAGGCCAUCGGGGAGCACCAAAAGUUGAACCACUUUCCAGGAACCUUUCAAAUUGGCAGGAAGGACCGACUUUGGAGGAAUCUGUCCAAGAUGCAGCAUCGCUUUGGCAAGCAGGAGUUUGACUUCUUCCCAAAGACGUUCAUCCUUCCUCAGGAUAUCAAACUGCUGCGGAAGGCAUGGGAAGAUAGUGGCUCCAGGAAGAAGUGGAUCAUCAAACCUCCUGCGUCAGCCAGAGGAAUGGGGAUCCAGGUCAUCCACAAAUGGAGUCAGCUGCCCCGCAAGAGACCAUUGCUGGUGCAGAAGUACCUUCACAAACCCUACCUCAUUGGCGGGAACAAGUUUGACUUGCGGAUCUACGUCUAUGUGACAUCCUAUGAGCCGCUCCGAAUUUACCUGUUCUCUGACGGAUUGGUCCGCUUUGCCAGCUGCAAGUAUUCGUCUUCCAUGAAGACUCUAAACAACAAGUUCAUGCACCUGACCAACUACAGCGUGAACAAGAUGAACUCUGAGUACCAGACAAACAGCGAUGACAAGGCCUGCCAGGGACACAAAUGGGCUUUGAAGGCUCUGUGGCACUUCCUUGGCUCUAAAGGCAUCAACACCAACCUGAUAUGGGAGAAGAUUAAAGACAUUGUGAUCAAAACUAUUAUAGCUUCUGAGCCAUAUGUGAACACCCUGCUGAAGAUGCACGUGAAAACACCUCACAGCUGCCACGAGCUGUUUGGCUUUGACAUCAUGCUGGACGAGAACCUAAAACCCUGGAUCCUGGAGGUCAACAUAUCACCCAGCCUCCACUCCAACUCUGCCCUGGACGUUUCCAUUAAAGGCCAGAUGAUCAGAGACCUCCUGAACCUGGCCGGCUUCAGGAUUCCCCCGAGAGAAGAAGUGGUGUCCUCCUGCAGCAGUGCCUCCAGCUCCACCAGUAGUUUACAUGGAGGGAACAAAGAAAAGAGAAAAUCUGACCUGUCUGCUGAUGAGAAAGUAAAACGAGCAUUUUACCUUGCACAGCGCUAUGCGGACCAGGUAAACAAAUGCAUGCACACAGCUCUGUUACAGCAGGACUUCCUAUCAUCAGUGUUGGACAUUUUGACUCCUGAGGACGUCCGCGUGCUGGCCGAGAGCGAAGAUGAACUGAAUCGACGAGGAGAGUUUGAGCGCAUUUUCCCAUCGCAUACUUCAUCACGCUACCUUCGCUUCUUUGAGUGUCCCAGAUACCUCAACAUCCUGCUGGAUCAGUGGGAACAGAAGCACUGCAAUGACCGGACCAAAUGCAUCAGUUUGCUGAGGCUUCUCUGUCAUAAAGGAAUCCAUCUGGGGAGCAGUGACCCCGCUCACAUGUGGUCCAAGUAUAGCUACAAGUCGAGGUUGGAACCCCUGAAGCCAGGUGUGGUGAGUCCAUCCAGAUCCAGGGUGGUGGUCAGCCACCGUAACGCCUCUGAUGACGACUGUUCAGACCCAGAGUCGCCGUCUGUGUCCAGUCUGCCCAGCUCCCAGAGUACGGGGUCCAGUGUAAGCAGCAGUGCCCGUGCCAGCCCUCAGCCCACCCCCUUUCAGAACCUGCUGCCUCAGCACUUUUCCUCCUUCUGAGGACUCUGUGGUACCAGAACUGACACAGAACCUGGGUACCACAGAGUCCUCCAAAGUCUCUGGAGUAGAAAGAAUGAAGGACUCUGUUCAGGUUUACUUUAACUGGACCAUCAGAGGGAUGAGCAGCAGCUGCUUCUGUGGCCUUUAGAAAAUCAAUCUUGAAAUUUCUGCUAAAUUGAAGCAGAGAAGCUUUUACAUAAUUCUUUUUUGGGAUAUUUUUUCAGGGGACCCCAAAGAGUGGCCCCUGCCCCCGAUUGCUCUGGUGAUGAAAGGAUGUUCUGACUGUGUCUUGUCCUGAAAGCUGGACACACCCAGAUGUUCUGAUGUGUCCCUUCUGUCUGCACCUCUCUGACACGCCUGGGCCUGUCCGGUUGCAAUGGUCUCAGUCUGUUGCAGUGCUGGCGUUUGCGGCUAUGGAUAAACUUUGAUAGCAGAAUGGGAUGUAAUGUGAGAUUUAUUUCAGUAGGCAUGUCGAACAUCGGCAUGGAAACAAGCUUAUCAGGCUGUGUUGAGGUCUGUGUAGAAUCAGUGGGCCGAGUAGAGAAUUCUGUGCAGAUCUGUCGGCUCAGAACAAGAAUUCACUGUGAUAAGUCAGAGCUGCUGCAUGCAUCACACCAGCUGACACUUUAUCCUCCAGGCUGAUGCGGUGCUGAUCCUCACUGCCUCUCCAGGAGUCAGGCUGCAGGGUCCUGCAGAAUCAAAGUGUUCAAUGCUUUUUGAAGGGCUGCUCUCAGCUGAAGCCUAACUGAAGCUGUUGCUUUAUGCUUUCAUUUCCCAUGUUUCCAAGUUGCUUGAGUUUGUUUGAGCUUCAUGUAUUUCUUCUUAACAAGUUUCAGUCGGACUAACGUUCUACCUCUGUUAUGGUGAUGAGAGCAAGUAAAUGCUGUAGUUCAAGUAUUUCAGGGUCAUACCCAGCUGCUGUGGGAGGCAGCUGGGAUUUUGUGAUGCAAAAGACAGAAGUGGGCUUCCUGCAACACAAAACCAAGGAUGCACAAAGCUGAAAGGCGCUCAGUGUUUCUGUAACAGUGUUUGCUGAUUUAAUAUUUAGUAUUUUCCAGAAGUUUGUUUAUAACCCGGUUUAUACACAGCUGCUAAACUAAUGUUCCUGUUUUCACUGUUCUCUUCAGUAGAACAGUGUUUAAUAAGCAUAGUUUGACAUCUCAGAACAAAAACCAAUUGGCAGUGAUUAGACUAGGAUAUUUGAUGUUGUUGGGGGUCCUGCUGCACAGAGCAGCAUCGAUUUUGACAGGUUUUUAUGGAGCAGAAUGCUAACAUCACAUGCCUUAGAGUUGUGCCUUGUGUGUCAUAACAGAAACAUGAGAAAGAUGAUGAAACAUGAGUGAAUUGUUGCUUAAUUAAUAGUUACUUGCUUAUUUUGAAACUGCUUGCUGAAAUCUGAUGGGUAAAAUCAGUGCUUCCCCAGACUGGGACCAGGACCACACAUUUCAAUAAGUGUGGCGUCCUGACUUCCUCAGAAAAAAAUAGAAUAAAAAAUUAGAAGGCGGAGCAUAUUUAUGAUAGAAACAGCUAUGUUUUUGUAAACAUAGCUGACUUGGUUAGAAAUUCUGCUAGCAGGUACAUUGUAAAGUCUGACUUGUGUAAUAAAUAUCAUUGAAAACAUGUCCAUCUCCAGCUGUCUGCAGAGAAGCUGCUGCUGGUUUACUGAACAUGCCUUAAGCCUCUGUGUGACAGCAGUGUCCCCAUACUGAGGCAUUCUCUGUUUGCUUUCACAGCUGAACCUCUGGAUCUUUUUAUCCACUGAUCUUUGUUCAAGGAUGUUUUAAAUGCUCAGGUUGAUAUGGAGGAAAUAAAAGUUAUUUGUUAUACAAUUGUAA